CGUUUGGUUCCAGGCAGGCAGCAGACAGACUGCAUCAUUUUUUGCACAGGCUGCAGCAGCAGCGGGGAGAGAGGGAGCAGGUGGAGAGUUCAGAGACUGCAGUGAAGCUGCCCUCGAGACAUGGCGGAUCAGUGCCUGUGAAUAAGCAAAAAAUCCCCAAGCUGCCUCCCCUCCGAGCCCCGGUUCGCUGGGCUGCUGCUGACAGGCCAAGGAGAAAGGAGAGAAGCGGCCAGAGGACAAAUGGUGCUGCAGCCUUUUCUUUGAUUUCCUCCCCUUCUUCUCCAUGUUGCAUCUCUCUUCAGUGCUUUAGUCAGUGUUGCUGCUGCUGCUAGCAGGAGCAUCCAGGGACAGUGCCAUCCAUCCCUCCCUCCCUUCCCCCCCACCCCCUCUCCAUCUAUCUGUCCAUCCAUCUAUCCAUCCACAAGGGCUAUGGCUGCAGAAGAGGUAUUGCAGACAGUGGAUCACUAUAAGGCUGAGAUCGAAAGGCUGACUAAGGAGCUCACCGAAACAACCCACGAAAAGAUCCAGGCAGCUGAAUAUGGGCUGGUGGUGCUGGAGGAAAAACUCACCCUGAAGCAGCAAUAUGACGAGCUGGAGGCUGAUUACGAUUGCCUUAAACAGGAGCUGGAGCAGCUGAGAGAGGCAUUUGGACAAUCAUUCUCAAUCCACCGCAAAGUGGCCGAAGAUGGUGAAACACGUGAAGAGACUCUCCUGCAGGAGUCUGCAUCAAAGGAAGCUUAUUACCUAGGGAAGAUUUUGGAGAUGCAAAAUGAGCUGAAACAGAGCAGGGCAGUGGUCACCAAGGUUCAAGCAGAGAAUGAGAGGCUCACUGCUAUCGUCCAUGACCUGAAAGAGAAUAACGAAAUGGCAGAGCUGCAGAGAAUACGGAUGAAAGACGAAAUUCGAGAAUACAAGUUCCGAGAGGCAAGACUUCUUCAGGAUUACACAGAGCUUGAAGAAGAAAAUAUCACUUUGCAAAAACUGGUGUCCACACUGAAACAGAACCAAGUUGAAUAUGAAGGUUUAAAGCAUGAGAUUAAACGAUUUGAGGAGGAAACAGUAUUGCUUAAUAGCCAGCUAGAAGAUGCCAUCCGAUUGAAGGAGAUUGCCGAACAUCAACUGGAGGAAGCCCUGGAGACUUUAAAAAAUGAAAGGGAGCAAAAGAACAAUCUGAGGAAGGAACUCUCCCAGUAUAUCAACCUCAAUGAUAGUAUGUACAGUAAUCACAUUAAUAUAUCGGUAGAUGGAUUAAAGUUUGCAGAGGAUGGGAGCGAACCUAAUAAUGAUGACAAAAUGAAUGGGCACAUCCAUGGGCCUCUUGUGAAACUGAAUGGAGAUUACCGGACUCCCGCAGUUAGGAAAGGAGAAUCUCUGCACCCAGUCUCUGAUCUCUUCAGUGAGCUCAACAUAUCGGAAAUGCAGAAAUUGAAGCAGCAACUUGUGCAGGUGGAGAGAGAAAAGGCUAUUCUCCUGGCCAACCUUCAGGAGUCCCAGACGCAGCUAGAACACACAAAGGGAGCCCUGACUGAGCAACAUGAGCGGGUCCACAGGCUCACAGAGCACGUCAACGCCAUGAGGGGACUGCAGAGCAACAAGGAGCUGAAAGUAGAGCUGGACUGUGAGAAGGGCCGAGACUCCAGCGAGGAAACUCAUGACUAUGAAGUAGACAUCAAUGGCCUGGAGAUCCUAGAGUGUAAAUACAAAGUGGCCGUGACAGAAGUGAUUGACCUUAAAGCUGAGAUAAAGGCCUUAAAGGAGAAAUACAAUAAAUGUGUGGAAACAUACACCGAAGAAAAGGCGAAGUAUGAGAGCAGGAUCCAGAGGUAUGAUGAGCAGGUGACGAACCUGGAAAAAUCAACUAAGGAAAGUUACGAGAAAAUGGUUCACAUAGAAAAAGAGUUGCAAAGGAUGACAAGCGUAGCGAAUGAAAACCAUAAUACCCUCAACACAGCCCAGGAUGAGCUGGUGACAUUUAGUGAAGAGCUGGCUCAGCUCUAUCACCAUGUAUGUUUGUGUAAUAAUGAAACUCCCAAUAGGGUCAUGUUGGACUAUUACAGGCAAAGUAGAGUCACUCGUAGUGGGAGCCUGAAGGGACCUGAUGAUCCUAGGGGACUCCUGUCUCCACGGCUCACCAGAAGAGGAACGGCAUCCCCGGUAGAAGCCAGGACCCCAACUGAGCAUGUUUCGAAAGAGAGCAUAGAGGCUGGCAAAGAACAAAGUCCAACCAAGACACCUACGAUUUCUCCUGUCAUCACGGCCCCUCCUUCCUCUCCAGUCUCUGACACCAGUGACAUACGCAAAGAGCCAAUGAAUAUCUACAACCUAAAUGCAAUAAUACGGGACCAAAUCAAGCACCUGCAGAAGGCUGUAGAUCGGUCACUGCAGCUGUCACGCCAGCGUGCGGCAGCACGUGAAUUGGUGCCCAUGAUUGAUAAGGACAAGGAGGCCUUAAUGGAAGAAAUACUGAAACUGAAGUCCCUGCUGAGUACAAAACGGGAGCAGAUAGCAACCCUGAGGGCAGUGUUGAAAGCCAACAAACAGACAGCUGAAGUGGCACUGGCCAAUCUGAAGAAUAAAUAUGAGAAUGAAAAAUCAAUGGUGACUGAAACCAUGACCAAACUGCGAAAUGAAUUAAAGGCUUUGAAAGAAGAUGCAGCAACCUUCUCAUCCUUGAGAGCAAUGUUUGCAACCAGAGGAGAACUGGAGAAGGGAGAUACAAGAUCUGUCGGAUCCCAGUGUGAUGAGUAUGUCACACAGUUGGACGAGAUGCAAAGGCAGUUGGCAGCUGCAGAGGAUGAGAAGAAGACCUUAAACUCUCUAUUGCGGAUGGCUAUCCAGCAAAAACUUGCCCUCACCCAGCGAUUGGAGGAUUUAGAGUUCGAUCAUGAGCAGUCCCGACGCAGCAAAGGCAAGCUUGGAAAGAGCAAGGACAGCCGCUCUAAAGUAAGUGAGGAAGCAUCAGCCACCGUGCCAACCAUAGACACUUUCCUCCUGCAUAGUCAGGGCCCACAGCAACCAAACUUACUGGUCAGCAGUGGCACUCAGAGGAAAAGACUAUUCUCACCUUCCCCUUGUGAUCAGAGCCAUCCCAGGACUUCAGGGACCUACCUACAGAAUAUAUUAAGAGCCCCCCUUGAUCCCACCUCCACAGAAUCAUUUCUUCUGAGGGGCCCCCCUUCCAUGAGUGAACUCAUCCAUGAGUACCGUCUCAGCAAGGAAAAAAGGUUAACCGUGGCCAUACCAGAUUAUCAGCAGCCUGCUGCCUCCAUACCACUACGCAGCUCACAACUAGCCAGGGGGCCAGACUGCCAGACUGUCAGCCAUACCCAUGAGGCGCAGAAACUGCAGGUUAGAAAAGGUCAUGAGGCCACAGCUGGACCCAGGUCAGGGGACCCCCCUGUACACCCGCCUGCAUCUAUAUGGAAUGCACCUCCCACAACGAGGUUUGACUGCUACAGGGGAGUCCGUAUCCACAGACCCCCAUCAGGGUCUCAUCAGGAAGGCAGAGAUCACUCACACAAACAUAAAAUCCUAAUGUAGCCCUUCCAGAAGAGCAGCCACAUUCCAGCUCUCAGUGUGCCCCUCUCAACUGUCUCUCCAAGCCUCCUCCUUAUUCCUAAUCUUCAGAUGCAACAUAAGAGAAAAAACAAACAAACAAACAAACGGGAGUGGAGCUCACACAACAAAGGUAUAAGUUGCUCCCAAGGAUUCAGUAGACAAUCCUGCCUUGUUGCUGCGUUGAUAACUCUGGAUUCAUACCCAAUGUUUUGUCAACCAAAUGUUGGUUGAGAAGAAGAACACAAAGCACAGAGCCCUGCCUGUCAAGAAGACUUUUUAUGGUUCCUCUAAUUAUAUUCAAACUUUGCUAUCACACCUGAAGUUUAGUGAAAUUUGACAAAGUGAGAAAAUGUUCCUCCCAGCUGCUUGGCUUUACCUCUGAAAUAUUGAGAGACUUAAGCCAAUAUUUUAAAAAAAAAGUUACAAAAUCCUAUUUUCACAUCCUCUACGUUCAGCCAUACGAACCAGUUCCGAUUUUCUUUUCUGUCAUUAAGAGUGUGAUAUUUAUUUUUACUUUAUUUGCACCAUAAUUUUGUGUUUAUAAAAUGUGGUCCUGGUUUUUGGAUUUUGUUUUGUUUCUCUUUUUGGUGAGAGUUGUAUUUAAUUCAUUUUAUUUUUAAAAGACAACCAGAAAUAGCUUAAGUUAAGAAUGAUUGAGUUGGUGUUUUAAAAAAAAAUGAUGAUUGUUAUCUUGGCCAGAGAGUAUGGCCUAUUUUUUUUAUUGCACAAAAACAUUGAAAAUGGGGUGAAUUGGAAUGUUAACAGUGACUUUGUAUUUUGCUGCUGCACUGAUAUUGUUUAUGCACUUGUUUUCUAAUUUCUAUUACACUAGCUGCUGGUUUUGUUCUAGGUCUUCACUGGAAGCUAAUUAUUAAACCUAAGAAGGAGAUUAAAGAAUGAUGCUUUGAUUUUCAUUCAGUUAUUUGCUUACAUUUUAAGUAUAUUUUUGCAUUUCAGACAAGUAGAUGAAUUGGUGCUUUUUCUGGGGGGUGUGGGGAGGGUUCUGUUUGGUAUCUGAGAAAGAAAAGCUAAAACAACGUGAAAUAAAUUGUUGUGUGUUAAUUAAAAUCUUCUGGUUUUGUUCCUGCUCCCAAAUUGAGGGUACUUGUUUGAGGCCUUACCAGUGAAAGGAUAAAGAGUAAGAAUGGUGAGGUUAUAUACAUUUAGCAUGAGAUUUUCUAUGGUGAAAUACCUCAUGCAUGUAGGGUUAAUGGCUUGGAUUGAAAUUGGCAGGAUUUUACUGUAGUGCAUUUUUUCCCUUGCCAAAUAUUAACAAAUACAGAACCUUAGCUCAUUGUCAGUUUAUGACAAAUACUCAGGUGACAUACGGUGCACAGUGUUCCUAGUUCAAGAAUCUCUCCUCUAAAGGCUAGAUAAAGCUGUGUUGCAGAGUAGUGGAUUUUCACAGCAAAAUGAAGGAUAGCUGAAUUUAUUUUGCACAGAAUCUGACAGCAAGGCGAGUAGCUAAAUAAACUGUGGUGUCUUAGCACCUUUGGGCUUCUUAUCUGAUCAUCAAGAUGGAAAAAUACAAGUACUGCCCAGUCGUUGCUAAUUAGCAUACUCCUUGCUCUUGGUCAGUGGCCUUAAUUUAUUUAAAGAAGAUAGGCAUUGAUAUUUCCAUGUUUCUGUCUGUUCCUUCUCUGCAGGGUUAAUAUGAUCCACAAGAUGGAACUACAAAUACAGCUUACUAUUUGCAGCAAUUAAAAAAGAAAAAUUGGUGCAGAUAUAGUUGGAAUAAUUCAAUAUAACUGAAUUUGAGGAAAUGAACACAGUCCUCCAAUACUAACAGUGCUUACCAAAUGUAAUAACAUACAGUAUAUAAGUGGAGGAAAAAAUCAGUGGCCAAUCAGUGUGCCUAACAAUCAUUACCAUAGUACCAGUAAUGAAGGUGCUGUAAAUAGAAGUAUUCUAAUGUAAUCAACAAUGUACACUAUAUAACCUUGUCAGAGCCAUUGAGCUAAUAUAACAAACCGUGUAGAAUCGGAGGUGGAGAAAAAUAGAAACAAAUUCAUGUAAAAGUCUAAUCAUACCAACCUAACAACUCUUUGCACUGUUUCUAUAUACGUUUCCAAGAUGUUCACUUCUUGUACUGCAUUCACAUAACUAUUUAGUGCCAUACAUAACCUACUCUUCUAACAGAAAAGUCUGAUAAAACUUGUUUAGCAUUAUCAUGCUGUUUUGGCACUAAGAUUAGCUGCUAUGUAGAUUUUUAUUAAAGAACUGUUUUGUCUGGGCAAAUGUUGCCUUUAAAAAGCACCUCGGAAUACCUGACGAUGUUAGAUCAGCGUAUUAUUAUUCCUCAGUGGUAGCAUCUGUGUCCAACAAAGAUAGCUACUGCAUAUCAGUUAAGUGAGAAAAGAAUUAGUAUUGCCACAUUGUAUACAGUUGCUGUAAACUGUAUUUAGAAUAUUAUCUCCUGUUUUCAUAUCCAAACCAGACAUCUGUUGAAACUACAAAGAACAUUUCUUUCCCCUAAUUUAAAAACAAAUUCUAAAAAAUCCUAUAUGGUUUACUUUCUUUUUAUAUAGAUAUGAAUCUGUGGAGAAAAUACUUGUUUUGAAAUAUUCAUUCAAUAAUAUAUUCAUUUUUAAUUGUGAUUUGCAAAGUAAAAUUAGCAACUCUGAAAGACUGUAAUGGUAUGCCUGUUUGGAUCAAGAGUUAUAGAGGAGUGUUCCAUGGAUUAGAAAUUUUGGUCAUGUUUUACAGAAAUAAGUAGGUUUUUUUUAAAGUUUUGAUUCUCCUGUGAUGCUUUAAUUCCUAACCAAUUUAUAAUUUUUUAAAUAUAAUAAAGCAAGAAUACAUGCUUGAAAUUUAAGAGAUCUAGGAAAGAACCAACUUAAAUGUAAAAAUGACUGUGGUUAUUGCAUUGUAAGAAAUAAAGCUUUGUAGGCCCCAGAGCAGUCUUGCCUUUUUUGUCAGUUCACUGGGGGAAAAAAGUAUCUUAAACUUCAGAAAACAUAAAGCCUUCUUGGUUAGAUGGUAAUUAGUGAUGUAAAGUUUUACCAAAUGUCUGGUAGGAAUUGUUUCUGAACACAGAAAAUCCAACUUGUUUUUAAUGUUGGCAAAAUGUUGUAUGUAGCCAUUUUUAAAAAUCAUUCCUAACAUGUUGCCAUCUAUCCUGAUUUUAAAAUGAAGGGAAAAAAAAGAAUACAUAUAUUCUUAGAGGUUAGGUAUACUUAGAAAUGCUGAUGUGUAUCCCCCACAGCAAAGAAACGCCUUUCAAAAGCUUGUCCAGACUUUCAUAUUUGAAAUGCAGCUAUUGUUCAUAAAGAGGGCCUUGGAGUCUCUGGUUCAGGUAGCCUAUAAAUGCAUGACCGUUUUGUCCUUUUUUCUGACCUUGGGAGAGUUGUUUCCUGAUAGAAACAAAUGAUCCAUGUCUGAACAGCCAGUUACUGGAAAAUUGUGGAAGGAAAACAAAAUAAACAGUGUAAAUCAAAUUCAGAUAUAAGGUGAGAAGAAAGUGAAUUAAUAGAAAAUUGUAAAACAGGGAAGUGGGGAAGAAUAUAUGUUCUACCAGCGUCAGAAGGUAUAGAAAGAGAAAAUAUAGAUUAUUUCCCAUCUCAAAUCAUGUAAGGGUCUUUGCCUUCAAGACAGAGGCAGCAGGGAGAUCCUUUUUAAUUGAUCUCUGACAGGUUGGCAUCUCCAUGCUUAUUCAACCCAAGUAGAAUUAAUGUAAUUAUAGCUAUACAGUAGGAUUAGUAGACUAAAACUGUUUAUUAUUAAGAUAAGGUGGAGAGUUUUAAUGCCAAGAUUAUGCUUCAGGUUUUUUCCUGUUUAAAAAUUUGGAGUGGUUUUAACCAUUUGCCAUACAUAUCUGUAAGCAAAAGGAGGAGGAUGUUUUAAAAGAUGAUAAAGACAUCACCAAUGAAGGCUGCUAACCUGAAAUCAUAUUAGUAUCAGUGUUUACGUAAAGCAGCUAGUUACAUGGGGAGCAAUCCUGCUUACACUGAAUGCAAUGCAAGCAGAACUGGGCCCAUAUUAUGCUAGCUACUUUAGAACUUCAACUGGCAUCAUUGGAGGAAUUUUGCGAUCAACUUCAGUAGAAAUGGAUUGAGUGCAUAAUGAGGUUAUAGAUUACACAAGCUCUUCAGAGGUCUAUACUCUUUCUUAAGUGAUACAUGUACAUCUGUUGGAGUUGCAGUAAAUUUAUUUCUUUCUGUACUAAAGAAGUCUUUAUUUGAAAAUGGCAGACACUGAUGUUUUACAUUUGAAGCAUGAUCAUUGCUUUAUUUACCUCUUUAAAAAUGAUAGCCAUCAAUUUACUUCAGUUUUUCUCCUGCUGUACAUGCAGUAUGUCUUAAGGAGACGUACAGUAUUCAGAACUUUUUCCACCAUUGAUGGUGUUGGGUUUUUUUAAUUUUUAAAUAUUUUGUGAAAAAGAAAUACACAAAAAAGCAACUAAUUGCCUUUAGCCUUAAGGCACAAAUGCACCUACAUAUGCAAUAUAAAGUUUGUGCAUGAGAUUCUUUAAAUCAUGUAGCCUUUUCCAUAAGUAUGAUGAUGAAGCUAGAGAAUUCUUUUUUCUUGUACGAUUCCCUUAUUCCCUGCUUCAGAAAUGCAAGACGGAUGUUACACAGAAUCUGUACCUUACAUCAUAAGCAUGGUUUAAAUCCUCCUUGCAUUUUAAUCUUUUUCCUGUGGAGUUCUUGAAAAUCCCCCUCUAUUAAAUCUAAAGUCAACAAAGUGACAAACUGACAUGAGAUAAAGGAAAAUUCCCAUAUUCUAUAAAUGUAGUUCAUUUGUUGUCAGACUCUGGGUGAUGGGGCCUUGGGUUUCAAUUACUGUCUUUAUAUGGAGGUGUUUGUUCUGCUCAUCAUUAUUAUGCUGUAAUAGAAACAGUGGAGAUUAUUGUAUGGUUUUUCUCAGCAUUAGUAAACAUGGUUAAACAAAUGGUUUUUUUAUUAAAACUUGUGUUUGAUUUAAAAGGUGUGCUGGAGAUUAAUGAACAAAAGAGGCUGACCCAAAUGAACUGGUUUGCUAGCUGGUUCAUUUAAUCAGCUGUGAAGAAGAAAUAAGAAAAAUCUAGCUUUUAAAAUGGUUACUAUUAUUGUUAUUAAUUAUUAUUAUUUAUUUGUUUAUUAUUCACAGGUAUGGCUUUGUGCACCAUGCCAGUGGGUAAAUUAAGUGCAUCUCAUUAAUUAUUGCCCUACUAAUUUCAAGCCCUAUGGUUUGACUGUUAAAGGGUUAAUUAACUUGAUCCUUUGGGGAAAAAAUGUAAAAAACAAAAAAAUCUGAUGUUUUGUGACUUUUAUAAUCUACUGAACAUUUCCAUUUGCAUGAUGAUCUGUAUCUAACAAACCAUACCAAUUGCCGUGUUAAUUUCCAAAUAGUUUUAACAUUGGUGAUAUUUGUGACAAACACAAAUUUGUAUACUGUAUGUUUACUGCUGUUAUGACUUGGCUACUCCUAUGUUGAAUUGAAAUUAUGUUGUAAUGCCUUCCUGGGCUUAAAUGAUGGAGUGUUUCUGGAUGGUGAAGAAUACAAAAGUAUAUGUGCUCAUUGACUAAAAUAUUGAACAUGAGAAACUCUUCUUGUUGCUACCUUUUGUUUAAAAGCAAAAAAUGGUGAAUAAUUCUUGGUUCCAAAAAUGCAUCAUUUGUAUUUCAAGUUAACAUAAUCCCCAUGUUAACCCUUCCCUGCCAUGUUUCUUAUACCUAUAGAUAAUCCUAGGUGAAUGCCUUGUGAGGGAUUCAUAAAGUAUGUGCUUGUACAUAUGUAGUAUGACGAUGCAGUCACAUGAUUGAGAAAAACAAUCCAGUGCUGAAGAAAUCAAUUAAAA